AUAAUAAUAUAGCCAAAACAAAAGGGGGAGAACAAGAAAGACUCUCUCUCUUCAUUUCUCUAUCUACACUAUUUCUCUCUCUCUAAAGAAGUUGUUUCUCUCCGUGUGGUGUGUGUGUGGAAAUGGAGUCUCUUCAGUCGACGGGCUGUUUGAUGGACGACCUUCUGGACUUCUCAUCCGACAUAGGAGAGGAGGAAGACGACGAAGACACCAAACACCGAAAGCCUCUCCCUAGUCUUAAACGGAAUACCCGUGCCCCGGCUCCUUUCAACGUUUUGGACCCAUUUGAUCCUAACCGUUCGUUACCUGAAAUUGUGGAGGAAGAAUUGGAAUGGCUAUCCAACAAAGACGCAUUCCCUGCGGUUGAGACAUUCGUCGACAUUCUCUCCGUUCAACAGGGUAGCUUGGCGAAGCACAAUAGCCCUGUCUCUGUACUGGAGAACAGCACCACUAGCGGCAAUAGCAACAGUAAUAGCAAUGGAAACAUUACAAAUGGUAGCACUAACAUCAUGAGUUACUGUAGUAGCCUUCGAGCUCCAGUCCGUGCUCGCAGCAAGCGCCACACCCGUCUUCGCCAGGACCUCUCGAAUGAGAAAUUUUGGUGCGCAGGACGUCAAAUUGCAAAGAAUGUGAAGACACCAGUGGCAGUAUCGACAAUUGGGAGGAAAUGUCAGCAUUGUGGUGCUGAAAAGACGCCGCAGUGGCGGGCUGGACCCAUGGGGCGGAAAACAUUGUGUAAUGCUUGUGGGGUUAGGUACAAGUCCGGUAGACUGGUGCCUGAGUACCGUCCGGCUGGCAGCCCCACUUUCUCGAGUGAAUUGCAUUCAAAUUCACACAGGAAGGUAAUCGAAAUGAGGCAACAGAAGCAGAUGAUGGGAUUGUUCGUAGUUAAGCCCAUGGAGAAAGGGUUAUAUCUUGAAGACAUUUUCACUAUUGGAAUGUGGUUCUAUGAAGCAGUUAGGAGCUGGAUUGAGAUCUCUUACACUUACUGUUGGGUGCAAUGUUUUAAUGAGUGUGGAGAGGGUGAAAUUGUCAGCAGCAGAAGAACUUGGGAGGAAAUUUGUCCUAGUUCAGAGCAAGCUAUGAGAAGGUUUGUAUUGCUUUUUGAUUGCAAGUGCAAAUUUCCUUCUUUCUCAGUUGUUAUAACUCAAUUCAGGGUAGAGCUUUUCAACAUGCCAAUUUAACUCAAUUAAUUGACGUUUAGGCUUUUACAUGGAUUAACUAUUGUGGGUAUAAUGUUUUGUUUGAUCAAGAC